ACCAUGUUUCUGGGUCUUGUGACUUUUGUCAGCUGAAUUUGUUCAUCGCAAAAACUAAAAGUGCGAAAUUUGUAAAAAAUCGGGCAGAAAAUUUGUGAUAAUUCAAUUAAUUUGAUUGUGUUUGGUAUAAUUACAUUGAAUUAGCAAAGAAAAUGGCAGACGUCAAGGAUUUAAUGAAUUUGCCCGAUGAUAACAUCGACAUGAUUGCUGCCACCUCGGUCCUGCAGCAACAAGCAGCUGAUAUACGUACCAAGACCAUUAACUGGGCUUCGUAUAUGCAAUCGCAGAUGAUAUCCCAAGAAGACUACAAUGCCAUUAGCGCACUUGAUACUGCCAAGGCAGCAUAUCUGCAGAAAAACUCUACACAGGCAGUGAAAACUUUAUUAAAUUUGCUUUCCCAUGUCUCUAAAGAUCAAACAAUACAAUAUAUACUGGUUAUGAUUGAUGAUUUAUUGCAAGAAGAACGUUCUCGUGUCGACUUCUUCCACGAUUAUGCAAAACAACAUAAAGAAUGCGUAUGGGGACCAUUCCUUAACUUGUUAAAUCGUCAAGAUGGUUUUAUUGUAAACAUGUCUUCACGUAUUUUAGCCAAGUUAGCUUGCUGGGGUCAUGAACUUAUGCCAAAAUCUGAUUUGAACUUCUAUUUGCAAUUUUUGAAAGAUCAGCUGACCGUGAACGCCAAGGCGUAUAUUAAAGAUCAAGCCACACUAGCUAGACGAGUGCAAACAAUUGUGGUGCAUCAACAUGGACAUGGGCAUGGUAAAGACCAGCAGUCUACUAAGAAUAAUACUAACUACAGCCUGAAUAUGGCGCAACAGCAACAACAUUUACACCAGCAACAAAUAGCAGGCGAGAGAUAUCGCGAAAUGCCAACGGAGCAAGCGAAUGCUCUUGUCGACGGCAGGCUACCUAUUCCGGCCAAUGAGUACAUCCAAUCGGUGGCACGUUGCCUGCAAAUGAUGCUGCGCAUUGAUGAAUACCGUUUCGCUUUCGUUUCGGUCGAUGGCAUUAGCACUUUGAUAAGCAUACUAUCAUCGCGUGUUAAUUUCCAGGUGCAAUACCAAUUGGUCUUCUGCUUAUGGGUGCUCACUUUCAAUCCACUAUUGGCCACCAAAAUGAACAAAUUCUCGGUUAUACCCAUUUUGGCUGAUAUACUCAGCGAUUGUGCUAAGGAGAAGGUUACACGCAUUAUUUUAGCCGUUUUCCGCAAUUUGAUUGAGAAGCCCACCGACCUGCAAGUGGCCAAGGAGCAUUGUAUUGCUAUGGUUCAGUGCAAGGUUCUGAAACAGUUGUCCAUUUUGGAGCAACGUCGCUUCGAUGAUGAGGAUAUUUCCGCCGAUGUGGAAUUCCUCACCGAGAAGCUGCAGAACUCUGUACAGGAUUUGAGCUCGUUCGACGAAUAUGCUACCGAAUUGCGUAGCGCACGUUUGGAAUGGUCACCAGUGCAUAAAUCAGCUAAAUUCUGGCGUGAAAAUGCUCAUCGUUUGAAUGAGAAAAACUACGAGCUGUUGCGUAUAUUGGUGCAUUUGUUGGAAACUUCAAAGGAUCAUAUUAUCUUGUCUGUCGCUUGUUUCGAUAUUGGCGAGUAUGUGCGUCAUUACCCAAGAGGCAAACACGUUUUGGAGCAAUUGGGCGGUAAACAAAUUGUCAUGCAACUUUUGGCCCACGACGAUCCAAAUGUGCGUUACGAAGCUCUCUUAGCCGUACAGAAGUUGAUGGUGCACAAUUGGGAAUACUUGGGCAAGCAGCUGGAGAAGGACAGUGAAAAUCAACCUCAGAAAGGCGGUUCAGCGCCAAUCAGCGGCAAAGCCUAAACUAUUCAAGUCAAAUAAACAUGUUCGCUUGUCAGUAAUAAAUAAACAAUCGGCUAUGACAUACGAUGCGCGCGUGUAGUCGAUAAACUAACUAAGUGUUAAAUGUACUAAAAUCCCUUUAUAGAAAUAAUAAUGAUAAAAAAAAAAGAAAAAACGGAAUGAUUUCUUGUUAUUCAAAAUAAUGAUUAAAUUUUAUGAAAUUAAAGUAUAAAUCAACAGCAAAAUUUUGCACAUACAUCAAAUAUUAUAAUGGCAAUGCAAAGUGCAAAAUUAUAUUUGUACUUUUAGUUUUUAUUCAUCAUUCCAUUUUAUUUUGCCUACGUUUGUUUACAAACUACCUUUUUUGUUUUGUUAUUGUUGAGACAUAGUCCAUUUAAUAUGAUAUGAUUUAGAAAAUUUUGUCAAGUUCGUGCAUAUAUACACACAUACAAACAUGCAAUAUUCGAAAAACUGUUUAUUUGUUGUUACAGAAGUAUUGAAUUAGUAUUUUUUGUGAUUUGUGCAAAGCCAACGUUCGUUUAAUUGCUUCGUUGCCAAUAUUCACACAAUGAUAUACGAAGAAUAUUCACUAAAUAUUUAAA